AUGGCUGCAGAAGGUGACUUCUUGGCGAGAUACCGCGCUGUGUCGAAUAAGCUUAAAAAACGUUUUCUUCGGAAGCCAAAUGUCGCGGAGGCCAGUGAGCAGUUUCGCCAGCUAGCCAAAGAGCUUAAACAACAGGACUGUCUGCAAUAUGCUGCGUUCUGCAACCUAGCUAUGGCUCGGUGUGAGCAGACUCUGUUUAACGCUCCUGGAGAAGCCCUGGCACUAACUGAUGCCGCUCGUCUUUUUCUUUCCUCUGAGCAAGAGAAUCGGUCUUUGCAGGCACCAGGUUUUGACGAGCACCUUCAAGCUGCACUCAACUGCUACAGUUUUGCCAUUAAGGUCUAUGUUGAAAUGAACCAGCCUGUGAUGGCAGCCAGUUUGUGUCUAGAACUUGGCAAUGCACUAAAAGAGAUGAACCGACCAGGAGAGGCCAUUGUUCAUUACCAGAGAGCGGCAGAGCUGCAAACACAGAUGCCAGUGGAAGCUCUUCUGUCAAUGGGAGAGAUGGCUUCAUGUAAAAUUCUCACACGCGACUACGAUGGUGCAUUGUCCGUGUUUACAGAGAUGCAACUGUCAUGCCAGGAGAGAGGACUGCAACUACCAGGCACUAGCACACCUGUUGGUGCUUUUCUGGACAUUGUGGCAAGAUGCGAGAUCUCCAGAGUACUACUGCUGAUGCUACUUGAGCCUCCGCCCCAGAAGUUGCUACCAGAACAUGCACAAACACUGGAGAGAUACGCAUGGGAGUCUUUUGACCCACACAGCCAAGUGACCUUCCUGCCUGAGAAUGUUUUCCUGCUCCUGCAGUCAGUGGUGAUGGCAUGCCAGGAGAAAGACACAGAGUCCCUGAAGUCUCUUCAGACUGAACUAUGGCCACUGCUGACUGCUGAACAGAAUCACCUCCUCCACCUAGUGGUUCAGGAGCGCAUUACACCGUCUGGACAAGGCAUUUAG